CCCCCUCCCUCCCUGAUGCACGGACUCCUCUCUGUUUCGACACAGGCUCUCAGACUCACCAUUGCCGCUCACCUAUGGGUGGCUGGGCCUGAGUCACUGCAGGGAGGGACUCUGGGCUGCCCAGCCCUGCCACCUUCUUCCAAGCUACAGUAUAAGGAGUAGCGGCGGGGAGGAAGGCUGUGGGAAGACAGGGCCAUCUGGGAAAGGAGAGAGAAGGCUGCAGACCUAGAGGAAGGGAGAACGAGAAGUCAGAAGGAAGGAGAGAAGGGAGGAGGGCUCGCAGACGCAGCGAAAGAGAAGGGGCAAGCGAGUAAACUUGGGUGGGAAGAAGACAGGAGAGAAGGAAGGAGGCAGAGAUGAAGCUACAGGGGUCUCUGGCCUGCCUCCUGCUGGUGCUGUGCCUGGGAGGUGGGGAGGCUGGCCCACUGCUGGGUGGAGGGGAGAGCGCCGGAGGCGGGGCCAUGGAGGCCACUGGACACAGGGUGGGAGAGGCCAUCAAGCACGGAGUCGGGGAGGCCACUGGCGGAGGGGAUGGAGAGGCAGCGGGUUCUGCAGUCAAGGAGGCCCCGGGCCCCGGGCUGGGGGACGCUGUCGCCCGUGGGGUUGAGGAAGCGGCCCAUGCUCUCGGAAACACUGGGAGUGAGGCUGGCACACAGGCCGAGAAUGUCAUUCAGCAUGGAGUGGAUGCCGUCCACAGCUCCCGGCAGGCGACGCCUGGCGACAGCGGUGCUUUGGGAACCAGUGGCCAGCCUCCAUCUGGAGGCCAUGGCACCUCUGGCUCUCCAGGCAGUCCUGGAGGUCCAGGGAUUCCCUGGGACCAUGUGUAUUCUGAAGGCUCAGGUGGCAGCUUGGGGACCAACUCUCAGGGAGGCUCCUGGGGCCACGGAGGCCAUGGAGGGGCAUUCAACCCGGGGACCAACACUCAGGGAAGCAGCGGUAAUGGCAGCAGCAGCGGUGGCAGCAGCGGUGGCAGUUCUGGGCCCCACGGGGUAAGUUCUCCUUUGCUGAAGGCAGAGGUGGGGCCCCUGGUGGUUCCUGCCGAGGAAACCCAGUCCGAGGUCUCCCGGAAAGCUGCCAGCCCCAGGCUAGGUGGCGUCCCUGGAGUUGUCCUCCUGGGCUCCCUCAGUUUCUGUUCCCCACCUUCCCAGCCUCACCAGGAAGUGCUGCUUACACAAAAUUCUAGAAAUUUUGAUCCAGGCGGCUACUCCCGGGGGCAAGGGUCUAGCGGGGGAGGGGAAGCUGUCAAUGGAACCAACACCUUGGUCCUGCCUCGUGCUCACAGUGUGGGCUCUUACUCUCAUCCCAUCUCUCGGAGGUCUUCUGGGCUCUUCAACUUUGACACUUUCUGGAAGAAUUUAAAAUCCAUGCUGGGUUUCAGUAACUGGGACGCCAUCAACAAGGGCCGAGUCCCAGACCCCCGCACUGGCAUCCUCCUCUGCUUCCGUCAACUCUGGGAGAACUUCAUACGCAACAUUCCUUUCUUGAACUGGAAAGCGAUUUUUAAGAACUACGAUUAUAACCAGCAGAUACACCCUACUGCCACUGGAGGGCAGCACUCAGCCACGAUCCCCACUAAGGAGGGAGUCACGAUCUCUUCCUCGGCUUCCCGGGCGCGACCUGACCUGCUGCAGUGGGUGCAGUUUUGGUAGAAAAUCACUUCCAACCGCGACGGAAGCCCUGCAAACCAUCAGUCAUCAAGGGACCUGACUGUGCCCCUCCCCCAGCUCUUGGUCUGGGUGCUAACACCUGCUUUUUCUAGGUUGGGGACCUGUCUGUCUGUCCUUUGUUUUCUCCCACCCACUGUGGUGUCUCCUUGACCAUCAAUCAGCCUCAGUGGGUACACCGGCCAUUGCUUCACCUGCUCCAUUUUGUGACCUGAAGUCACCGUGACAGAAAUUCAGGAGGCGCGUCCUCCUUUAGACUUUCUCUGUGGAAAUAAAACAUGAGUCUUG